UUUUUUUUUUUCUAUUGAAUUACUUUUUUAUAACGUGAUUUUUUUUUUAAUUUGACAUACUUUAUUUGAAAAUAAUAUAUAUACAAUAUGGAUGAUCAUUGGUGUACUAAUUGUGAUAAGGCUAUUAGUGCUUUCUCUAAUUCUCUUUAUUGUUCAGAAGAAUGUCUUCGAGCAGAUGCAUUGAACCACCAUCCUCUACUUGGGUAUGACUAUGCUGAACUUAAGGACUUUCCACGAUCUACUUCACCCGCCAUGUCAAGUUCCUCUUCCAUUACUCUGUCACCUAUACCGUCUUUUACUCUACCUUCGCCUCAAGCUUCACCAAAAUAUCCUUAUACCAAACAAUCGUUUUCCUGGGAUCAUAAGUUAUCACCACCGAUACUAGAACUGGAACCAAAACUGAAUACUCCUCCUUCUUCUCCCAUACAUCAAAAACGUUCCACUUUGUUUUUUAUUUAAUUUUAUAUAUCAUUGUUACUAUUUCAUCUAUUUUGUCAUAUUCCCCUUUCCCUUCUCUUUCCCCUGACUCCUCCUUUUUGCAUUAUCUAUCUUUUUUUUUUUUGUUUUCACCAUAUCAUCAUGUCUUUUUUUGUAUAUAGAACACACUUAAACCCGUUUUUUUUUUUAAAAAAAAAAAAA